AUGAAACAAUACAACAUGCUCGCCCUCGGCGCUCCACUUCUGCUGUCUAUGACCUUGGCCAAGCCGAUGGUACACCAGCAUUUUCACCAACGUGACCUCGAGCUCCUCAGACGGGAUCUCGUGACAGCUACAGUCAUUGAGGAGACUACCACUACAAUCGAUGUCACUGUCACUGUGUACGGGUCCCCACCCGAGGCGCAAAUCAAGAUGGCAGCAAACGUGCAGCCCGCGGACAACCCUGACCCAAAGCCGACUCAGACCUCAAGCAGUGUAGCGCAGAGUUCGACCGCCAAUGCCCAGGCUGAUCCUGUCGCUAUACAACAGGAGGCCAUCGCUAAACAACAAAAGAACAUCGAUGACCAGCAGGCCAAAAACCAAGCUCAGAUCGAAGCCAACGCUAAAGCCAAUGCCAAUUCCAAUAGUCAAGCGCCGGCGCAACCCGCCACCCCAGAGAAGCAGGCCCCGGCAAGCAGUAACCCCCCCACUCAGUCACAACCACAGCAGCAACAGUCACCUGCUGCUAAGCCUGAUACCGGCACUCAAGGUAGCAGUGGGACCGCACCAAGUGGAGGAUCCUGCGGACAGGUUGGUGGCAAGUGCAUGGCGUCGGACGUGACCAUCUAUGAUGAUCAGGGCAUUGGCUCAUGCGGAUGGCAAAAUGACACAACCAGCGAAGACUACUUUGCUCUAGCUGCCAAUACCUUUGGUGCCUAUACCAAUGAUGCCCCGGGACCACACAAGAAUGCAUUCUGCGGCCGCAUGGCAAAGAUCGAGGUUGAUGGAAAACAAUUCGAUGCUAUGCUGACAGACAAAUGCCCCGGCUGUAACGGCUGGAGCAUUGAUCUCAGCAAAAGUCUCUGGAAUAAAGUGACUGGCAACAAGUCACCCGAUCGGAUGCACAACAUCAACUGGUGGUUCACUUCUGAUGAGGUUUUCCACGGAGCCAGUGGCUAA